AUGCUGUUCUUGGGAAGUUUAAAAAUAAUGAAGUGGAGGCAGCUUCUCUGGAUUGCGUUCUGUGUUGUGGAGUUGUCUGGCAACGCUUCUGGGAGCAUAACAGACGCGCCCCCACCGACAUCCACGGCCACGGAAGCGAAAGGCACCAGCAGCGCAGCAGCCACCGGAGCCCAUGGACCCUCCAGCAGCGCCGAGUCGACGCCGACGCCAGCACCAUCUGCUGCAGCCGGGUCCCUGGCAGUCACCCCCACCUCCCCGGGGCUCAGCAGCAAGCCGAUGAGCCCGCAGCCCAGCCGAGCCCCCACGCAGCCGCUGGGCACCCCCUCAGACGCAGGCCACGUGAGCCAAGGGGUCCCCACCACCAAGAGCCCAGCACCACAACCCGGCAACACAACACAAACCCCAGGGUCCACACCGGCUCUGACGAGAUCUCCUGCCACCUCAGGACAUCCUCCCGUCUCAGAUGCCACCACGCCACUGCACACAGUCAGGGACAACCCGAAGCCCAUCACAUGCUACAAUGUCAAAGAAGUGAGUGACACCGAAGCCAUCUGCUUGCAGCUCAACGAGUCCAACACUUGUAAACAUUUUUUAGAGGUGAAGGGAUGGGACUUAUGGAGGGCAAUAUGUGAACAGAGCACCCACCGCGUUCCCUCCCCCUGCCAGAUUAAACUUGCUAAAUCUGAGGUGGACCGUGACUGCAUGCUCCUCAUCCUCGUCGGUGAGAAAGAUCCUGCUACAGACAUGCUCCAGGAGUCUCACUGGGAAAAGCUCGGAAUAAAAUCCCUUAAACGGGGGAACGUGAGGAACCACCAGGACUUUUCUCAGAAGACCCUCAUCGCCUUGGUCACAUCUGGACUCAUGCUGGCCUUCCUGGGCUUGGCUGGAUAUUUCCUGAUGAAGCGGCGGAGCUGGAGCCCGGCAGGAGAGAGGCUGGCUGAAGACCCGUAUUACACGGAAAACGGUAGCCAGGGAAACACGAUGUUGAUGAUGUCCCCCGAAGAGCAACCUGAGCUGCAGGAGAAGCCGAACCUCAACGGUGGGACUCAGGAGAACGGGACCGGCCAAGCGUCCUCCAAAAACGGCCACUCAGGCAGGCAGCACAGCCCCGCUGACACCGAGAUGUGA